CGCGCGUGGAAACAAUGAAGAUGGUCCAGAAGAAAACGAAUUCCUGGAGUUUGCGCGCUUUCGUUCGGCGUCUUCUUUCUUCGCUGCGGUGGCCCUGACUUCCGUGGAUUCUUCGGGGAUUUGCUGCUCUGGCAGACAGCUAGAGCACGUCGUUUUUCCGGAUGGUUUUUUCCAGAAAGAACAUCAAAACCAACAAACGGAACGGGUGAAAGUUCGCCAGACUCUCGCCGUGAGUGUCGAGACUCUCUCACGCACACUGACGCAGACGUUUUCUUCCCCGCCGCGCCGUGUAGUUCCGGAGAAGAACGCGGAACGGAAAGAGAGGAAAAGAACGAGGAAGGUCGAGAAAAAAGGAACUGAAGGGGGGCGAGGGCGAGGCUGGUCUCUCUUCUGUCUCGUCUCUUCUCUCGCGAAAAAAAAGGAGAAGACGCGUCUUCACACUCCCUUCAGUUCCUCCUGUCUUUGCUCACCGCAGCUUGUCUGAGAACUGAAGGAACAAGGGGGCACUCGACCAUCCUCGAUAUGUCACUCACGUCAUUUCUUCUUCUUCCUCCACAGUCUUUUUUUCUCUCCCUUUCUCCCCCAUCCUGCUGUAUUGUCUCUCUCCCCAGGCCUUUCUCCUUCUCCUCUUUCCCCAGGCCUUUCUCCUUCUCCUCUUUCCCCAGGCCUUUCUCCUUCUCCUCUUUCCCCAGGCCUUUCUCCUUCUUCCCUCGAUUAUCUCCACAGUUGGGUUGUCUCGCUUCUCCGCAGUUUGCUCUUUUCUCUUCGUUUUCCUCAACCGUUUCUCCGCGCGUUGCCUCCUCACAGUCUUCUUUUCUUCUCACUCUGCUCUCGUCGCUUCGAUCCACUCUGUUUCACGAUGAGGCCGCGUGAGGGCGCGCCUGCCGCGGGUGGCGCUGGGGAGGGCGUUGCUCCCUUGUCGUUCAACGCUGGACUCCCUCACUUCCCUCCGUCUGCCCCCUUCCCAGCUUCUGCAGACGCUUCGUCCUUUCCGCCUCCGCCUCUGUUUUCUUCUUCCUUCUCCUCCGUCCCCGGCGCCGCUCCGGCGCUGCAUGCACGGGGACCUGCGGCGCCUCAGCGCGCCCCGCCGGCGCCCGAGGGGGCGUUUGUCGGCGAGAAGCUGAGUCGUUUGCAUGCGCUUCGCGCGCGCCUCCAGAAGUCUGCUUCCUCAGCUCCCGGCUCGGCUCCGCCGCCGGCCUCGCUCGCCGGCGCGCCGGUCUCCAUCGCCCCCGCGAGCGAGGCCGGCGGAGGCCCUGCGCUGGUCUCCAGUAUCGGAGGCAGCGAGGACUCUCCCCACACCCUGCUGGAGACGUCCGUCCAUGCAGGAUCGCGCGUCUCGCCUCCUCGCGACAUCUUCGUCGCCCAACCGGCUCUCCGCGCCUGGUCCCCAGGCUCGGGAGUGUCUCUUCCCGUCUCCGCUGGGGGGCCGGGAGACUCUCCAGGCGUCGGUGGUGGAGGACCUUCUCAGCCUCAGCGUGACGGUCGCCUGAAACCUCCGCCGUCUCUCCUUGCGCAGGCGAAGCGACCGAAGGAGGCGGGCGUCGGCGGGCAGAGAGAAGACCUUCCCAAAGCGCCAGGAGUCACCGCGAAAGCCGCCCCCGUCGUCCCCCCCCCCGCAGUCGGCGUCCGGGCACCGCGGCCCGGUGGUGACAAAUUGCGCGUUCUCGGCAUGGCGAAUAAGAAGCCGCUGGUUGGAGGCCUUCUUCCUGCUCCGACGGCUGCUUCUGGGCUUCCCCAAGACGUCUCUUCUGUAAAGACGCCCGUGGUUCUUCCCUCGCCGGCGCUUGCUGCGCCGCAGUCGCCUCCGCUCUCAGCCUCGGCGCUGCCCACAGCUUGCAAGACAGAUCUCAGACAGCUCGUGGUUUCUCAGGUGGCGAACGCGCAGACGAGAGUUGCCGGUUUGGAGGCAAAGGCGAGAGAAGGUGAGGGUGCAGCGCUCGGCGUUUCGGGGAAGGCCGUCCCUGGCGGCGAACGCGGUUUCCAGAAGAAGGGCAUAGCUCCUGCGAUCCCGCCCGCGGCGCAUGCAACCAAAGCGCAUGCGCCCAAGGCGCUUGCAGUCGCAGGGAAAAGCAGUGCUGGAGCGGUCGCCCCGCUCGCUCGGCAAUCGACUGUGGGGCCGGAGGCUGCGGCAACGCCGUCUCCGCCUCUUGCCCACACGACGGGGCCUGCGGCGGGGGGCCUGGAGAAAGGGACGGAGACAGGGAAGAGCGGAAAAGACUUCGACGCUCCGGCGCCCUUUGAGGAGUUGAUGAGGAGGAAGCGAGAAGCUCAGAUGGCCGAGAGACAGCAGAGCAGUACGGCCUCUCUCGCUUCUUCGCGGAGUGCGUCUCAAGGAGGUCGCGUCGCCACUGGCGGGGGCGCAGAAACGAGGAAACCGACUGCCGCGCCCCUCGCAAAUUCCUCUCUUACCACUCUCGCUGCAACAGAUGGGGGCGCGGGGAGUCGCGCGGCCCGACAGGCGUCGUCCUCCCCGAGCGUGACAGGCGGCGUGCAGACACCGGAUCGAGGUAGAGGAGGAGACUCAGUUUCUGGAAAAAUCUCUCCAAAGGUGCCUCCGUGUCUCGGGGGGAAACUCCGCUCUCUGUCGCCUCUCGAGACGGAGCCUGGGGCGCCUGGAGCCCAGACGCUGCCGGUCGCGGCGGUGCCCUUGGUGGCCAGUGCCCAAGGCGAGAAGAAGACCGGACUGAGGGACCUUGAGGGCCAGGAGGCGCAUGCAGCCGAAGGCGAGAAGAGCGCACUCGCCCCGAGCGCUGUAGCAGGGACGGUGGAGGCCGACAGCGCGACGGCCGCGUCUUCUCCGUCGCUUUUUGUCUCUCUCGAGCAGGGGCAGCGAGGCCCAGAAAUCCAUGCACCUGCCUCGGCGCAGCCCCAGGACUCCAAACGCGACUUGGGUCGUGAUCCACAACAGGGACCGUGUGGGGAGGGGACAGCGACAAAGAACGGUACGAGGGACGUUUCUCUCGCAGCAGCAAGAGGCGCGCUGUCUCCGGCGGCGGCCCUCGCCUCCCCACCUCAUCACGCAGCGGGGACCAGCGCGGGGCGCCAGGCCCCGUCAGAGCCUCCAUCAGCCGCUCCUUUGCUGCGAACAGGCGGCGCAGCCGGAGGAACUCAGGGCAGAGGCUUGGUGGCGCGGCCCGGAGGCGCGAAGGCCGUCGGCCUCGCUGUGAACAGAGAGGGUCUGUUGAAGACGCCAAAUCCUGCCCAAGGGAUGCCUCAAGCAAGUGCAGGCGCCCUGCUUGCGACACCCACUCAGCGCGUUGUGCCGACAGGUGGCGUCGCCUCACCGAGUCCGGCGCUGGGCGCAUUCCAGAGUCCAGGAGGGAUCGAGGGCAUGAGGAAGAGUCCGCCCUCUGCGGUCCCUGCAGGUACUGGGAAGGCCGUUGCGCCCACCCAGGCUUCCGUGACAGUGUCGCGUCCGCCGCAUCCAGUUCAAGCGAGGUCUACCAGCGCUGCUAUCCCACAGACGAAGGCCCCGCAGACCAACAAAGUCUUGCCGGUCGCCGGCAAGACCACUCCCCCCGGUCAGGCCGCCGCAAUGGCGUCAUCGGGUGUUGUCGCCAAGCAGCUCCCGCAUGCGCCGCCUCAACGCGCGAACUCGGCACCUCUCCCAGGCGUUCCCUCGGCUGGACUUUCGCCUGGACAGAGACCAGUGGGCGCGACCCAACAAACCAGGCAGAUAGCUGCGGGGGGCGCGAAGGCAUGCAGCAAAGCCCCAGCGACUUCUCAGGCGAAUGCAGGACGAGUUCAGGUUCCUCUUGUCGCGCAAGUGGGGGUGGUUCCCCAAGCAGGGACGCAGCAGGGAGGGGGGACUCGCCAGAUGUCGGGAUCAGGAGCUCCUUCAACUCCUGUGGUCUCGGCGAAAAGCGCAGGAACUCUUCCGCAAGCGAAGACGGCCGUUCAGAUGACUGGGAAAGGACAGGCUGUGGCGACUGGCGAACAAGGGCAUGCUCCGGCGAGGGCCCAGGUGGCUUGCGUUUUGAAAAACAAAGUGCUGAACGACUACUGUCGCCAGUUGGGGACAGACCUCGAGGUGUACCGGAGCCUGGCCUCGGACGUAUGGCCUGCCUCUGCAGAUCUCGCUGCGUCGCCCUCUCUCGCGACAGGCCUGGCGGAGACGCUGGACCUGAUGAGUGGAUACAGCGAUCGAGAUUUGCGCGAGCGCCUCUUGGACCUCGAUCGGGCCUCAUCGCCAUGUGGAGCCUCUGCGGCUGCGAGUGGCGGCGGGUCCGCAGGUGCCCUCGUGGCGCGGUCUGUGAUUGAAGAGAUUCUCGGACCGUUCCUGGCAUGCGCCCUCGAGUGCUCCGCCACGGAGGCGGCAACGGCUCCCAAAGAUGCUCUCGUUCCCUUCGCUUCGAUGACCUACGAGGAGCUGAAGGAAGGCGGUGUCGCUGCGGCCCUCGGACAAUCCCUCGCCGACGUGCUCCUCCCCCCAGAAGGCGUCGAUUUCUCCGAUGCCAGCCAGCUUCCCCAGGCCGUCGCUCGUCUCGCGGCCUGGACAGACGAAAUGGAGAAACGCCUGACGAGUUGGGGAAACGAAUUCACGAAGACAACCGGAAAAAGGCCCUUCAGCAAAGUCGAAUCUUCUCUCGCUUCUCUCCAGGCUUCUUCUCUCCCGGCUGCUCCUCUUGAGACGACGCCUGUUCAGACGAGCUCCGUUCCAGCUCCUUCUGGUCAGGCCUCGUCACAGCUUCCUGCGUCUUCGGCUGCGCCUGGCGUUCCUUCUGCUACGAAAGCGGUCAUUCGAGGAGGGGCGGCGACCAGUGGCGUUCAGAGACAGGGUGAAGGACCGGGCCAGGCCGCCAAGAGAUUGAAAGUGGGCGCGGUCUCGGUCCAGGGGCAGUGAGCCUGAGAAAGCGCCUUAUAGAUCAACACAGGGAUUGUUUCUUACCGUAGGUGUCUCUCUUUUUCUCGGGUGCAUGGAGGACAGGUUGGGGGACGCCGGAGCUUGGAUGGCACGAUCCCCAGAGAUCAAUUUUCUAGGGUCUGUGUGAGUAUGUGCAGCGUUAAUCCGCCUUCUAAAAAUACGUAUGCAUGCAUAGCGAUAAGAAGGUGUAGGUUGCGAAACGUGAAACGGGCCAGGAUGGGCCAAGCAGGGGGGAAUAAUUUACGAGCAACCCCGGGAGUUAGCGGUGGAGCCGAAGUAGUCGAGAGUAUAUCGAGCUACUUUAGUGAAUCUGUUGGCAGAGAGACUGAAAAGGGAAAGAAGUGAAAAGGCGUGGACAUAUCCCGUAUUUGCGUAGGGCUACCGUCUGAGAUUCGAGCUUCGAAUACCCGAAUGUUAACUCGUUAACGGUGGGAGGAGGGGGGGAGAGCGAAAUGGUGAUUAAUGGAGCAGAUGUGCUCGUCAGGCAAGACGCUGUUUCACAAGAGGACAGCAAGGUGACCAAACUCUGAACGUAGGCGAGACGCAUGUGUGCAUUCGCCGUAAGCUGAAGUAUGACGAAAUGCGUUUUUUCCGCAUCGUAACUCUUCCAGGCGUCAGGUACUUCACCUGACGAGCGUACAGCUGACCCUGUCGCGAUUUACCUGUGAGCUUUUUCCUAAAGUUGGCUCCACUUCGUUCUCUUGUCGGAAAGCACAAUCCGUUUCUGUCGUUAUGGUAACGACCGUUAUUCCGCGCGGGCCCCUGCGUUCCUCUCUCGCGUUCCUGCCAACUUCUUAAGCCACUGCACUGGUUCCACUAUGUGGUUUCCUCUCCGCUGUUGCCUGUUCUUCAAUCGUACCGUCUGCACCUCCUUUUUGGAUCGUUGGAUUUUCGCGCUAUUUGCUGCACCUCUGCACGAACAGCGUUCGGUUUUAAGCGGGUGAAAGGUUGAGUUCAGUUAUCGUUUUUCCCCUGUCUGAAUUCGUAUACUCUUUUUUUCCUGGCGACUCGAGCUCAC